AUUUGACAGCGUGAUUGCUUGGUGUGCAUUUUAAAAAAACAAGACCGAUAUUUUGGCUAAUGUACAAUCACUCGGAACUUCCUAUGCUUAUCGGAGAGUUCUUACCACGGUCGAAAGGAAAAUAAUUUGAACACUUGCAUAGUAAUCAAUACAGAAAGUUCAAUGGAGCUUAUCAACAGAGAGAGAAAUAAGUUUUAAUCCGAUCUAUACCACUUGUGUGUGUUAAGUCUAUCAAAAUGGAGGUGGGUAGUUAAGGAGAGAAAAGAGUGAAAAGGACCAAAAUUAUACCAUGCUGAAGAGCCCGGGGCCAAGUCCCCACGUGAAAUAUGGGCAAGGAAAGACCGCCUGUACCAUUCUGACUGAGGAUGGGUGUAUAUAUCCAGUGAUUUCUUCUCUGUCUUAUUCCGACAGGACUAAAUCUGCCCCCUACCAGUAUGGGAGAGGGGUGCGUGCAAUGCACAAAUCCACCCUGACCAUCGCCAAACCCCCCUGGUCUCCCAAAGACGACUUUAAAACGACCAAUAAGCAGUACUACAGUGGCAGCAAGAGCCUGAACCCUGUCCGGCGCCCCACUCUGUGCCCCUCCAUGCACCGAUCUCAGUGGUCCAUUGGUCAGAAUAUGGCGGACACAACAUUUGAUACAGAAUACUCCAAAACCUACUUUGAGAAGGACAUCAUACCCUUGCAGAAAGAGCGAUCUCGUAACCGAGACAGAGCUAAUCGGCUUCAUCUGACGUCCUUGGUCAAUAGGAUCGACCAGACUGAGGGGAAGGACAUGAAGACUACAGUCCACACGGACCCCUUUGCCCCCAGCUACUGGUCACAGUACAACCGCAUUCACGGUAAACUGGGACAGAUGCGGGGGCCAGGCGUGGAGAGGGAGAGAGUAGUCAGACAAAGCUACAACAUAUUUACAGGAGAGGAGGUAGGUCCAGCGUGGAACAAUGAGAACAAGCGAGUGUCCGGUAACCGUGUAUUAGCGGGCUCUAGGGCCGACAAUAACUGGUAUCUACAGGACUAAGUCCUAGAUAUCUACAGGACAACAGAUAUGCGUAUGACAGAUAUCACCAAAAUAAAGUCGAUAUCUCUACAACUUAUUGAAGAUAUCUAAAGGAUUACAAGACAAUAAGGAUACAACUGAUACUAGAUAUACGUGAAAGAUAUCUGAUGGACUUCUUAAAGAUAUCCAUAAGAUUCAAAUAAGAUAUCUACAGGACGUUUGAAGAAAGGACUUGUGUGGUGUCACACUCCUAGUCAUGAUCAUUGUGAUAUUUAAUGUUUGUUCACGGAACACAAGUUGAAUGUAUAUUUAUGAAUACCCCUUUUAUGCUCACAUAUUUAUUCUGAAUUUAUCAGUAUUUAUAUCUGAACUUUCCAUUUUAUUCACACAAUAGUACAUACUGUCAUUUUGUGAAUAAACAUAUCAAAUACUAGUAACUAACAAAGUAUUUUAUUUAAAAUAAUUUGAUUUCAAAGAGUGAAGACCAUGGACUUU